CAAAAUACCCUAACGGAGUCAUAUGAAAAUGGCCGCAUGCCCUCAGAUCUCUCGUAAUCCUUCGCGAUGAUGACCCCCUGCCGCUUCGGCAUUCAUGAGUCGCUGUGGUGGGCAGUGUGCUUCAUGAAUGCCCUGUACGAGCCUCCUCAUUCAUCCCUGCAGCUCCGCCCAUCAGGAGCAUCUCACACCUCCUCAUCCGAUCGGCCAUCACGCGCUGACCCCGAUGAACAGGUGCGGGCAUUCGUGGAAGCUUGCUCACAGACAUUGUGUGCAGUGUGUGUGUGUGUGUGUAUGUGCGUGUGUGCGUCGAAACACACACAUACAGGAGGGUCGUCUGCGUCGAUCUGCGUCAGAUCUGGCCUCCUAUCUUCACCGCUCACCGUGGUCGUUGGGAGCACGCGCGCGCGUGUCGGGCUCGAGGCCGGUUGGGCCUGGGCCAUUGAUUGCGGUGAAGAUAGGACAGAUCAGGCAGGCAGAUCAGCAGACAGGCACGCUCGCAGUGCGAGCACACAUCGGUGCGGAGGCGAACGUAUCCUCACUCACCAGGCAGGCUACAGCUUCUGCGCGCGAGACCAACGAGGUGGGAGGCGGUCAGGGCCAACAGACAGAGGCCGCCGCUGCCGAAGGUCGUGGUGCCGCCCGAGCUGCGUCAGUACUCCCAUGAUGCCGCACACUCGAAAGGGGCAGCGGGAAUCGAUCGCAUGUGAGUGAGUCAGUGGGCUGGUACACACACACACAGAGAGGGAGGGGGGGCAAGUAUGUAUCCUGUUUGUUGUUGUCUGUCGUGUGUGGGUGCGGUUGGCGUCCGUCCGUGUGAUAGGUAUGGCGAGCUGAGGUACCGGCAGUGGACAGUCACUCACGAGGGCUACUUCUUCUGGCCCUUGGUAGGCACCGCAUUGAUUGCAGUCAGGCAGACUGAUCACAGACAGAUAGACAGACAGACGGACAGAUCCACACACGUGUGCACCCGGCCAUGUUACAUGUGUGUGUCUGUUCGUCUGUCAAUGACUUGUUUACUGACCGUCGUUGGCGCAGAUGCACGAGUUGGUGCGUCAGACGGACUGGCGCGCCGUCGUGUGGUGUGCUGACGGAUCUGAUGACAGACAGACGCGACGUCAACAUUGAAUAUGGAGUGCCUCGAGAGUUCGACAUGUCUCUCAAACGCGACAGCCAAGGGUAACUAAGCGACCGCAGAGGAGCGGGGCUUCACAUGUAUAUAUCGAUUCAUGCCACAUUCAUUCCAUGUAUCUGCCAGGAACUUCAAGUUCGACGGGACGCUGUUUGCGUUGUGAAGCAUAUCGUUGGAUCUGACAAGGCGGCGGCCGACCUCCGAUGGCUCAUGCGCGUCCACGAUAUCAAGCAGUGUGCGAGUGUUGUCGACUACAGGUGGUACUUUUACUACUACGACCGAGAGGCGGACGAGUUCGUCAAGACCAUGGAUGACAUCAUGAUGAUCCUCCUGACCGCACUGACAGGAGCGGCCAAAGGGAUCGGCGCCCAGAGGGACCGCCUCGAGCAUCCACAUAAGGAGAAACAAGAGCCUGACGGCCCUGGCAUGGCCAGCAACUAUGACGUGACCUCAAGAUAGACAGACAGGCAGGGCGUGUGGCGGGUGGGUGACUGUUCUGGUGCAUGUACAUAGAAAUGUAG